CGGCAAGAGGAAACACAUCAAAAAAUGGCAGAAGCAACCGUCUCCGCUAAAACUGAAGAGGACAAACACCCUUGGCCGCCCGCAUAUGCAAAGCAUGUUUCGCUUUAAAGGAGUACAAAAGGACAGCUAUAUAAUGCGAUGUCUUCUGUGUGAGCCAAAGAAAAAUGACAUUUCAGCGUACAAAAACUCAACAUCUAACCUGAGGAAACAUGUCGCGAGGGUUCACUCCAACAAAAUAAGGAUGUAUACAGAAUUAAUGGACAGCCACAGAAAUCGAAAGUCGUCCUCUUCUAUCUAGCCACCUAUGAAAAAUGUAAAACUUACAGAUUCUUUUACUGGCUCUAGGCGGAUAACACAAGCAACGUUUGACAAGCUUCUGCUUACGUUUGUAUGUGAGGCCAACCAACCAUUUUCUAUAGUUGAGACAUCCUCCUUCAAGACUAUGAUGGAAACCUCAGUGUACAGUAAUGACAAGGAAAACAUUGUGCUCAAAAAUACAACACACUGUGAAGAACAUGAAAAGCAUAAUCAUCAAAAAACUGAGCACCGUGAACUAUGUUGCUACCACAACAGACUGCUGGCUGCCAGACAGCAUAGCUACUUAGGAGUGACUUGUCACUGGAUAGAUGACAUCUCUUUAGAAAGGCAUUCUGCUGCACUGGCUUGUAGACCUCUUAAAGGUUCACACACAUUUGAUCUUCUUGCUGCAGCAUUAGAAGAAAUCCAUUCAGAGUAUCACAUCAGAGAAAAAAUGAGCCGGAUGACAACAGACAGUGGUUCAAACUUCUUGAAGGCCUUUCGAUUAUAUGGUGAGGGCAAAGGGGAAGAAACAACCAAUUGGCAGGAGGAUGGUGGCGCUAUCCUUGAUGAUGCAGAAGAACACAGUGAGUUAGAGGUGGAGUAUCAAGAUGUGUUUGCCGUUUUGGAUGACAACACAGGUCUGGAGUACCAGCUUCCAAGGCACCAAAAGUGUGCAUGUCAUCUUCUCAAUCUUAUAUCAACAGUUGAUGCUAGUGCUGCAGAAGCCAAUGAUACAUACAAGAGACUGUCUCAGUCUGUUUUUGCAAAAUGUCAUGCUCUGUGGAAUAAAACCAGCAGGUCAAUCAUGGCUUAUGAAACAGUGGAACGUGAGUGCAAGUUGCAGUUUCUUCGACCCAAUCAGACUCGUUGGAGCUCCCUGUUCCUUGCUGUGGAAAGACUUGUGCGCAUUCAUAAAGAGCAAGGAGAAAAAGCAAACCGCAAUGUUUGCACGGCAUUAAAGCUAAAGAUGUUCAAUCCUGCUGAAAUGGGAUUUUUGGUUGAGUUACACUGCUGUGAUGAAGCCCGUUGCCAUGGGCCUUAACAUCCUCCAAGGGGAAUCAUCUGUGCACAUGGGCUUCUUGCUGCCAACACUUUACCAGUUGCUGGAGUCAUCUUGCAAAAUGUGUAGACCUCUUGUUGAUGUGCUGCGGGAUGGGAUCCAGAAACGUUUUGGAGAAAUAAUGAAAGACCCUAAGCUGAUUGCAGCUGCAAUACUUCUACCAAGAUUCAGAUACAUCAUGGACUACAGAGGAGAUUUGGGAUUAUAGUGUUAGUUAGGGGAAAAAAAGGCUGACAAAAGUUAGGAAAAAAAACAUCUCCCGUGUGAUAAAAAUUUUUCAUCCCAAGCAUCAGCAGCUUGGCAGUCUAUACAGCACAUUAAUGCACAGACCUAACUAUACAUCUUUCCACAGGUCUGACCUUCAUCAGACAUCACCUAGACACAGAGCUGGGUGAGGUCAGCACAAACAGCAGCCAAUCUGAUGAAGAUGACUUUGGAUCCAUGGGGUCGGGAAAUCCAGAAUCAGGGGAGCUGGAGAGGUACCUUUCAUGUCCGUUCGCUGGAGGUGUGGAUCUAUUGCGUAGCUUUCCUCACAUCAAGAAGCUGUCAGUCAAAGUCAAUACAGCUCUUCCUGCAUCUGCAGCCUGUGAGAGACCUUUUAGUCAGGCAGGACUCCUGUUCACUGCUAAACGGUCACAGCUUCACAGCAAGAACCUUGAGAGCAAAUUGCUCCUGAAGCUUAACCAUCACUUCACUGAGUGAAGAAACAAAUUAUGGUAAAGUGAGCCAUACACAUCCACAUAUGUACAUCCACAUAGUGGAAAUUUGUAUUUGUCUUUUAUAAUUGGUUUUAUUCUGACUUCAGUGUUUAUUUGUGAGUGUAGUUUUUACUUGAAUUAUUUUAUUCUGAUGUUUGUAUCGCGUGUUUUUAUAUGACAUUGUGUUAAUCCACUGUCUAUACUUUAGGGAAUUUUAGUAGACAAAGGAACAUUUUAUAAUUUUGUUAGAAUUGCAUUUGUCUAUUCCUGUGGAAUUUUAGCACAGAUGUGUGUUUUUUGCUGUUUUUUGUUUGUUUGUUUUUUAUUCCUGCGGUCUGCCUUGGGGAAUAAACUUUUCCUGAUUAUACCUGUUGCAUCUCUGUGUCCUGUGUUUCUGAUUUACUUCAUCCCUCCUUGUAUUUAAAAGAUCCAUCCCAUGACAUUCUUGCGCAUCAGCUUUAGUGUCUACGUACAUAUGUUGAAGUUGCCUCGUUCAAAUGUUUUCUCUGAGGCUGCUGUAAAUGUGAAUGUAUUUACUGUGGGUAUUGCUUAAAAAAGCUUUUGUUGUGAAAAACUGAAAUCUGGAAAUUAGAAUUGUUGUGCCUUAUUUUGUUAAUGGGUUUACAUAUUUUCUAUUUGAAAAUACUGAAU